AUGUGGUUUGGUGAGAGCGAGGCCAAUGUGCGUGAGAUUUUCGAUAAGGCAAGGCAGUCGGCACCAUGUGUCCUCUUUUUCGAUGAGCUCGACUCGAUUGCCACCCAGAGAGGAAACAGUGUCGGCGAUGCCGGAGGCGCCGCUGAUAGAGUGCUGAAUCAGCUUCUUACCGAAAUGGACGGAAUGAAUGCCAAGAAAACCGUGUUCAUUAUCGGUGCCACCAACAGGCCAGACAUCAUAGACCCAGCCUUGCUUAGGCCUGGGCGCCUUGAUCAGCUCAUUUACAUUCCUCUGCCUGAUGUCGAAUCAAGGCUCCAGAUCUUCAGGGCCUGCCUUAGGAAGUCUCCUGUGGCCAAGGACGUUGACCUGAAUGCACUCGCCAAAUACACGCAAGGGUUCAGCGGCGCAGACAUCACGGAAAUCUGCCAGCGUGCGUGCAAAUACGCCAUCAGAGAGAACAUUGAGAAGGACAUGGAAAAGGAGAGGCGGCUGAAGGAAAAUCCUGAAGCCAUGGAGGAAGACGAGGUGGACGAGAUCAAGGCUGCUCACUUCGAGGAGAGCAUGAGGUAUGCACGCCGGAGUGUGAGCGAUGCUGAUAUUCGCAAAUACCAGGCCUUUGCUCAGACGCUGCAGCAGUCCCGUGGUUUCGGUACCGAGUUCCGGUUCGUUGAUCAGCCGGCGGCAGGCACUACCGCUGCGACAGAUCCUUUCGCAUCCUCUACCACGGCAGCUGAAGAAGAUGAUUUGUACAGUUAA